UUUUGGAGUUUUGGACUUUUGAUGAACCCCUCCCUUACGUCAUCGCCUUUCAGUUUCACAUCUUAUCGUUAUUAUUUUUAUAUUUGAAAUAUUAUGAGCUUCUUCUCUUACACGUAAAAGCGAUUGCACUCCCAGUUUUGCUGUUAUCCAGAUCUAUAUCAUCAACUCAUUUCUGGUCUUCUUUAAUUGUUGUGCCAUUUUAACUUCAUAUUCUUCGUAAUCUUCAACAGUUGUUAACGUGGAUUCUGUAGCUUCAUGUAAUCUAAUAUUCGUUCUGCUUUUCUUUUUCUGCCUGUUGAGAUGGAAGUUGAGUAUCAUGAGGAGUAUAUCAGAAAUUCAAGAGGAAAUCAGCUAUUUACCUGCAGAUGGUUGCCUUUCUCUUCUCCAAAGGCCCUUGUUUUCCUUUGCCAUGGUUAUGGCAUGGAGUGCAGUGGUUUCAUGAAAGGUUGUGGGAACAGACUAGCACGCUAUGGAUAUGCUGUUGUGGGAAUUGACUAUGAGGGACAUGGGCGUUCCAUGGGAGCUCGCUGUUACAUCAAGAGAUUUGAUAACAUUGUUGAUGACUGCAUCAGUUUCUUCAAAUCUAUUUGUGGCCAGGAGGAGUACAGGGAUAAGAAAAAAUUUCUAUAUGGCGAAUCUAUGGGAGGAGCAGUUGCUCUACUUAUUCACAAAAGGGACCCUGCUUUCUGGGACGGUGCUGUCCUUGUAGCGCCAAUGUGCAAGAUAUCUGAGAAGGUGAAGCCGCAUCCUUUAGUUAUAAGUAUGCUAACUAGGGUUGAAGAUAUUAUACCAAAGUGGAAAAUUGUGCCCACAAAGGAUGUUAUUGAUUCAACCUUCAAGGAUCCUGUUAAGAGAGAAGAGAUACGUGGAAACAGGCUGAUUUAUCAAGACAAGCCCAGGCUAAAAACUGCGCUGGAAAUGCUCAGAACUAGCAUGAACCUUGAGGAUAGCUUAUCCCAGGUGACACUACCCUUCUUUGUAUUGCACGGUGAGGCAGAUACCGUGACAGACCCUGAAGUGAGUCGAGCACUGUACGAAAGAGCUAGUAGUACUGACAAGACCAUGAAAUUAUAUCCAGGGAUGUGGCAUGGUUUGACAUCAGGCGAGCCAGACAACAACAUUGAUGCAGUAUUUGCAGACAUCAUAGCAUGGCUUGACAAAAGGUCUGAUGACGAGAGUACGAUUACUGCAGAACCAUUGCAGAAUUCUAGCUCUGACAUCGACAAAUUCAAGACCAUUACAUCAUCGAUAAUAAUAUCAGAAGAGAAGCAAGAGAAAAAAAGGUGGCAUGGCAAAUCUCUUUGCGGAUGGAAAGGAAACCGCUUACAUCACCGUUCAGCAAUGUAGAGCAUGGUUGUUUUUGGCCUGCCAAUAUGUAAAUGGUGAAAUGUUAUAAUUUAAGCACCGUAAUGUUUUUGUAAUUAUAUGCCUUCUCAGAGCUUCAUAAUAUUAUCUUAACAAUGCGAGUUAUAUGAUGUUGCUGUUUGUAA